GUACCUACUACUGCCAUAACGUGUGUUUACAUACAGUUGUCCUUCAAGGCUGCCUAUCAAGUCACACUCAUGACUAAUACAUUUUAGUGUCUCCAUUUCUGUGCUUUACGCAGGGUAAAAUGGUGUGACGUCAAAGUGGUUGCAGUGGUUAUUUAGGUUGACGAUGCAGUCAGUGUUUAUAUCCGCACCUAGUAAAUGGAUUAGUAUUUGAUCGCACCUGAGACACUGCUGUCGUCACCUGUGAUGGUCUUCGUUACCUUUGGAGAAAUUCCAGCCUCUCAAGUCGACGCUAAAUCCACAUGUUGUGUAACCCAAACAAACCUUCAUUUCACAGACUGGAGUUCCUCCAAUGCUGUUUGGUAAUUAAAUCAAUACCCGCUGUACACGGCGAUGUCGGAAAUGCCUGUAGAGUGCAGCAGCAGAAAUCCCAUUAAGGCAUGACGUUCAAACUAAUAAGGGGCAUGUCCUUUAUCUCCGAAUAGCCUCCACCCCACGUGUUCUUAGUAAAAGUACAGCCGUAAAAAGCUGGCAAAAGUCUUAGCAUGAAUGAGAACCGGAGCAGCUCAAGGCCGGCAUCUUCCCAAUGCCAUUCCCCUCCGGUGAGAAGCAUGAUGGAAUAUUUCAAGAACCUUAUCAAGAAGUCAAUAUCACCAAAGUUUCGUAAAUGGGUAACGGACUACUGCAAAAGGAACGGUUUGCUCACCUUAUCUGUGUUAGCAGUGAUGUCGGGUUGUGCGGUGGGAUUCACGUUAAGAAGCUUGAACUUGUCAACACAGGCAAAAAUCUAUUUUUCUUUUCCUGGAGAACUCCUAAUGAGAAUGCUGAAAAUGUUGAUUCUUCCUCUCAUCACAUCCAGUUUAAUGUCUGGCUUGUCUGCUAUGGACACCAAGGCCAGUGGACGCCUGGGCCUUCUUACCAUCACAUAUUACCUGUGGACUACCUUCAUUGCUGUAAUUGUGGGGAUUAUUCUGGUACUGAUCAUUCAUCCUGGAACCGGCACUGAAAAAGAGGGACAUAAAGCCUCAGGAGGGCCAGUGAUGACUUCUGCUGAUGCCCUGCUUGAUUUGAUCAGGAACAUGAUUCCAUCCAAUCUGAUUGAAGCCACAUUUCAGCAGUAUAAAACAGAUCUUGUGCCCAAUUUUAAAAACAGUGCAAAAUCAUCACAAGCCAACUUUGUGUACAUUAUGCCAGACUAUGAAAACCCCAAGAUGGGUCACCCAGUGUUUCUUGAACUCACUCCUCCUCCUGAAAUCCUCUACAAGAUUGUACCAGGGAAAAGCAAUGGGAUGAACGUGCUAGGAAUCGUCAUUUUCUCUGCCACUAUGGGUCUUCUACUUGGUAGAAUGGGAUCCAGAGGUUCACCCCUAGUAAAUGUGUGUCUUUGCAUCAAUGAAUGUGUUAUGAAGAUCAUCAAUGCUGCUAUGUGGUACUUCCCAUUUGGAAUCGUAUUUCUGGUUGCUGGGAAGAUCCUGGACAUGCAUGAUCCUGCGGUCCUUGCGGAGAAGCUUGGGAUGUACUUCAUAACGGUUCUGGCGGGACUGUUCGUCCAUGGUGUGAUUUUGCUGCCGCUGUUCUUUUUCCUAUUCACUAAGAAAAACCCCUUUAGCUAUAUCCGCGGCCUCCUCCAGGCUCUGGUUAUCGCUUUGGCAACUUCAUCCAGUUCAGCUACUUUGCCCAUUACAAUGAAGUGCUUACUGGAAAACUGCCACGUGGAUCGGAAAAUCGCUCGAUUUGUACUUCCUGUGGGUGCUACUAUCAAUAUGGAUGGCACAGCGCUAUAUGAAGCAGUGGCAGCCAUCUUCAUUGCCCAGGUCAAUGAGUACGAGCUUGACUUCGGACAACUUGUUACUAUUAGUAUCACAGCUACAGCGGCAAGUAUCGGAGCAGCUGGAAUCCCUCAGGCUGGCCUUGUUACCAUGGUUAUCGUUCUUACCUCAGUGGGUUUGCCUCCAGAUGACAUCUCACUUAUUGUAGCUAUCGACUGGAUCCUGGACCGAUUUCGAACAAUGAUCAAUGUGCUUGGAGAUGCAUUAGCGGCAGGAAUCAUGGCUCAUUUGUGCAAAAAGGACUUCCAGAAAGACAUCCAAUCCUCUAACAACUCAGAGAGAAGAGAUACAGUGAUAUCAUUCGGAAACCAAAGCGUGCAGAGCUUUCCCACAUCUGAGGUUCCACUUCUGGCAAACAGGGACUACAUCUUAGAGGUUGUCGGCGAUCAGGUGAUCGAGAGGCCGACUGCCUGUUAUAACCUCUGCCAAGUCUAACUUUGACAGACGAUACUAAGCAGGAGCAGAAGUUGCCUUGACUUCACAAAAACC